AUGCGACUAUUUCUGGUCCGCCACGCAGAAUGUGGGCACAAUGUGGGCUAUGCGACGUAUGUGGUCAAGCCGGGCAAUUUGACCGAAUUGGGCAGAGAACAAGCUCUUCGGCUAGCACAAUAUUUUCGCGAUCAAUCAGUGCGCUUUACUCGCGUCUUCUCGUCAGACCUCGAACGUGCAACCGAGACUGCUCGCGCGAUCUGUCGGUAUCAAUUGGGCAGUGGACCUGCGCUGGAACCGUUCCGGACAGCAAAGCUGCGAGAGCAAUGCUCCGGGUGUGGUCCAGUCUUUGGCGAGACAAUCCAUGUUGAAUCGACCUCGUCGAUGCGCGCUCGCGCGAAUGGCUUCAUACGAGACCACAUCUUGCCGGAGAUGGCCAGUUAUAGCAAGGGUCGUGAUGUCAACUUUGCCAUUGUCGGCCACCGCGUUAUUCUGCCGGUGCUCUGGGCGUGUUUGACUGAGAUGUUUGAAUCGCAGUCCUUCCAUCUCUCCCGCAGCGCCGCGUCUCGUGGCAAUCAUUACACGCAUCCGUCGUGGUCGAAUACCGGCGUCAUGGAAGUAGAUAUUCGUCCCGGUGAUCCUCCCCAAGACAUGCUAGUUGAAAACACGAUUUAUCCGAAUGUUGAGCCACCGUGGCUGAGGAGACCAGGGCGGCGACAAUCAUGCGGAGGUAGUGAUGUGUGGAUGGGCUGGUCGGUAACUGUUCUGACAGUGGAUGAUACAACUCAUCUAAAUCGACGGCUGCUGGGCACCACCGUCCCUCCUGUCCUGUUUGAGACUAAAUCAACCAAAAAGCGGCGAAUCGAUGCUGUCGGUUGA